GGGGGGCAGGCUGAGAUGGGAGAGGGCAUGUCCAAACGGCUGAAGGUGCAAUUGGGAAGCGAAGCGGAGAUGGAGGAGAGGGCGUUCAACAACCCUUAUCCAGAUUAUCAGCCUCAUGGAAGCACCGCCUCGGGCAGCAGCACUUUGCCUACCCCCAGCGACUUGGAAGGCAAUCGAUGCAGUUCGGCUUCGCCCCAACGAGACGACUCCUUUCCCUUCGAGAGCGACGGGCAGAUCACCUCAUAUUUUAAUAAGAAAAUUACAACUAAAAUUAAAGACUUAUUGCAGCAAAUGGAAGAAGGCUUAAAAACAGCAGAUCCUCAUGACUGCUCUGCAUAUACUGGCUGGACAGGCAUAGCCCUCUUGUAUCUUCAGCUAUAUCGUGUGACAAAGGAGCCAAUUCACCUACAGAGAUCCCUGGAUUAUGUGAAGAGAAUCCUACGUAAUCUGAAUGGAAGAAGAGUUACAUUUCUUUGUGGUGAUGCUGGACCUUUGGCAGUGGGAGCAGUUGUGUACCACAAGAUGAAAAAUGAUAGUGAAUCCAAGGAAUGUGUGACCAAACUUUUGCAGCUACAGAGAAUAGUCCUUGCUUCAGAUUCUGACCUUCCAGAUGAGUUGCUUUAUGGAAGAUCUGGUUACCUGUAUGCUUUGCUUUAUCUGAAUACUGAAAUUGAUCCUGAGACAGUGCCACAAUCAGUAAUCAAAGAGGUUGUGGAAUCCAUCAUUGAAUCAGGGGAAAACUUUUCCAGAGAAGAACGAAAGACUGAGCGGUGCCCAUUGCUGUACCAGUGGCACCGGAAACAGUAUGUGGGUGCAGCCCAUGGUGUGGCUGGGAUUUACUACAUGCUUAUGCAGCCAGCAGCUAAUGUUGAACGGGAGACAUUGAUGGAACUUUUGAAACCAAGCAUUGACUAUGUGCGGCAUAAAAAAUUCCGAUCUGGGAAUUAUCCCUCAUCCUUAAGCAAUGAAACUGACAGGUUGGUGCAUUGGUGUCAUGGGGCACCUGGAGCCAUCCAUAUGCUCAUGCAAGCUUAUAAGAUCUUCAAGGAAGAUAAAUAUUUGAAGGAUGCUAUGGAAUGUAGUGAUAUCAUUUGGCAAAGGGGGUUGUUGAGGAAAGGAUACGGAAUCUGUCAUGGAACCGCUGGAAAUGGCUACUCUUUCCUGUCUCUCUAUCACCUUACUCAAGAUAAAAAGUAUCUUUACCGAGCUUGCAAGUUUGCUGAAUGGUGUCUAGACUAUGGUGCACAUGGAUGCCGUAUUCCUGAUCGACCCUACUCAUUGUUUGAAGGUAUGGCAGGAACUAUCCACUUCCUUUCUGACAUCUUGGUUCCAGAAAAGUCUCGCUUCCCAGCAUUUGAACUUAGUCCCCAAAUGAAAGAAAACAAAGAGGAACGCAACAGCUAAAUGGGAGCUGAAGGUGGUGCCAGAGGCAACAUGACUGCUGAGUGCUUAAAGUAUAUUGGAUCAAUGUUGGAGUCCAAACAGCGAGAUGCAAGACAAUUUUCUUGGCUCUCCUUCAAAGGACUGUGUUUGUCAUUAACGCAUGAAUGAGAGAAUUCCAUACCUUGGUGUUUCCUUAUAAGAGAUAUCUUUAACAGUGACAAAGAGCAAAUUUCAGUUUGUUGGGAUGUUUCUUGUUUGGCUUUCACAAUUGUAUCUUAAGGUCUUUCAAGUGUUUGCAUGUUCUUGGUAUUGUCUGUCAUUUUUCUCUUUGUUUGUUGCAAAGCUGAAAAGCAUUCUGUAAUAUCUAGUCCUGUUGUUUUUUUCUGUGCAUGACUGUAUUAACAACACAGUUUUUUCUGCAGCUGACAAGUACAUGAUGACAAUAGGACCAGUCUGUUGAACACAAUAAAUGAAUGAAGCAGGAAAGGCCAGAUAACUUAAGUCACAGAAUCCUUUCGCCAGGAAAUAAGUUCAAAGUUCUAGAGCAUUUUGUUUACUCCCAUCACAACACAGAAGUUUUAAAGUUCUAUGUGCUUAAAUUGCCCUGAUCUCAUUCUACAGAAUCUAGAAAUACUUGGUUUCUAGAUGCAUUAUACCCAACAUUUUUACAGUUAUUGUUUCCUUCAAUAGGGAACAUUUUUAUGAUUUCAUCCAAAGCACAACACUGACAUCCUAUAUUCAUUUCUCUGGAAUCUAUGGAUCCAGAUUAUGGGGGCAGUUUAAGUGCACUGCAAUUAAAUAGGAUAACAUAAUUUUCCCCUUUUUUCUUUAUUAUACUUGUCCUCCACCCAGCAAUUCUUUCUUUAAAAUCUGUUCAAUUAACACUUUUCUAUUUGAAAUAGACUUAUGCCAAGGGAUAACAUUUGCUUGGUUACUACUUUGCUGUUGGAUCUAUAUUAUAAAUCUUAGUUUAUUAAAAAAAAAAUUACCCCUUUGAUAGUAUCUCAUAUCUGUAUUUGAUUAUUGUGUUUGGCAGACAACCAAACAAACCAAAGGGGGGGAAAAGAAUUUAUUCUCAUUUGGUUUCUCAAUGGAACCCGACUGACACAUUCUGAUUAAAAGUCAAUCAUAUAAAUAUAAAAAUACAUGCAUUGUUUAAAAAAAACCCAUAUAAAUAACUCAUUUUUGUCAUUUCAUUUUUUUAAACUUCAUUAUCUUUGCAUUCUUCCAUUCAAGAGCUACGUAAUUGAGUAGAUCACUUAAACUUAACUUUCUCAAUAAAUAAAUGGUUAUUUUUCAUCUUUCAAAACCUCUUAAAAAAUCUAAAUAAACAAGAUUUGUAUAUCAUUUAGAAGAAGAAGGCUACUGGUAAAAUUAAUUCAAAACUUUUCCAGUGAUUGAAAGAUAAAAUCCACCCUUAGAAUGAAUAUUUAAAAGAUUUAUCAAACUUUUUUGGUGGCCAUUGUAUUGUUUCUAGUCUAACAUGAAAGGGUAAUUUCACAGUUAGUAACACUUUUUGAAGGAGAGAUGGUGGGCCUGGGAAGGAAAAACUGCUUGCCAAAUAUUUUGCAGUUCAGAUUUUUCUGGAAAAAAAGACAGCAAGAUACAGAAUAGUUGAGCAAUUAUGUUCAACCUGCCCUAUUUGUAAAAAAAUUUAAAAUGAAAAAUUCCAAAAUUUCCCCAAAAGUCUGACAUGGAAAAUUAUUUCCACUUUCUUGAUUGCAUUGCAUUUAUACCUGUAUUACUAUGCUCAUUCCACAGGUGUCUUUUCCUUAAGAAAUUUGCAACACAACACUUUUAUAUUAGAAAUCCUAAACUGUACUUCCCCAGCUUUAGACACUUCACAUUUCUCAUGCCAGCUGUGUUUUCUGGCAGUUUAGUUCCAACAAAUCUACAAUGAACUAGGCUGGAGAUGAUUUAUUAAGUAAUUUCCUUUGUAACUGGCAGCUCAAAUUUUACAAUUCAAUCUUCUACAUAUGUUGCUUACAACUGAGAUCUACUCUUAAGUGCUUAGAAUUUUUAUACCUGUUUGGAAGAACAAUUCUCUGACAGAAAUAUAUUAUUGAGAAUUUUUCAAAUGAGGAAGAUUGAGUUAUCUUUGAAAAUGCCAUCUUUUGAGCUACCAUGUCUGAAUAUUUCCUUGUUUUAAAAUAUUUGUAGUUUGCUUCUAAAUGAGUUUGCAGAGAAAUGGGAUUUCUAGCUUCUGACUACUAAACUUAGUUAUUAAUUUCAGAACUAGGCAGACCAUUGAUUUUAAACAUAGUUUUAUGAAAGUUUCUAAGACGAUUUGCUUUACAUCUGAUUCAUACAUCUGAUUUGAAAGUACGUUGUAAAUCAUUUGCCAACUGAAUGCUGCUGGGAAUUAGCCCUGAAUUUCCUUGCAGGCAAAGAAUAGAGCUCACCAUGAUUUUUUGCAGACUUUUAGUUUAAAUCAAUCCUUUCUUUUAUAUGAGGACUUGAACAGACAAGUCUGAGUCAAAAAAGUGAAGUUCUGCUUGUCAACUGUCUAUAAGUGAAAAGACAAUGUGGGUUGAGUAAGUGGACAUUCAUGGUACUAUGAGUAGUAGGUGGCUGAGAAGUAGACAGUCCAUUUCUAUGAUAGAUAACGUUAGGGAAAUUACAGCAAACCAAAAGGCUAAACUGACAUUGACUAGGAGGACAGAAAUUGAUUUAUUUAUAUCUGCCCUAAGUUGUUAUACCUAAUAAUGUAUUCAUUAUGCAAAGACUUCUUUUCCGGUUCAGAUUCUAUUUGGGCCAUUAAAUAAAUGGAAAUGCAUUGCUGCCUUCUUUGUCUUCAAAGAAUGAGUACAGGCUAAUUUAAUAUACAAUUGUAUGAGAGAAAGUAGAAAUACCAAACUCCAAAUUUUGUCCAAAACUAACUUUAUUUUGAAGGAAAUAGCUUGUAAACUACAGGUUUGCACAAGUAGCUCAUCAGUCAGAAUUCUAGCUAUUAUGAUUUACAUUACCAUUGCUACUAAUUUGUACUGAAAUCUUACUAGCUGGCUCUGUUGCUUACAUGUUUGUUAAAAAAUAAUUCAUUCCUGAACACAGUUGAAUUCUGGAAUACAUAAAUUGAUUUUUGUGAGUAGGAUUGUUACCAUUGUCCAGUCCAGUGAUGGCUAACCUUUUUGUUGCCGAGUGCCAAAAGCACACGUGUGUGUACACAUCCAUAAUGUAGUGUGUGCAUGCCACCUCCAAGUGUGCACAUGUGACAUCCCACAUGCCCCUUGUGCAUAUGCAUGCAUCCCACGAAUGCACAUGACCCCUGCCUGCAUCCUGUCCCCCCAUGAAUGCACAUGCAUCUUUUGCAUGCGCACAGGUUCCCGCACAUGUGCAGCAAAAACCCCAAAAAUCAGCUGGCUGCUGGGAAGUGCAUGUGCGGUGGAGCUGAGCUGGGGUGAUGGCUCACGUGCCCACAGAGGGGGCUCUGCUUGCCACUUGUGGCAUGGGUGCCAUAGGUUCACCAUCAUGGGUCUAGUCUAAAUGAAAAAGAUGUGUGCCCAUCCUCCAUCCAAUCUCUCCAAGAAUGAAUGCAGUUAUUAGAUGUGACAGAAACCCAGACAAAGAGCUGUGCUAUAGAAAUGUAUCAUUAGCAAGCAUAGCCUCUUGCUUUGGGAGCCAGCUUGCAGGAUCCUGUUAGCAUGCCUGCCCUAAAGGAACAUUCUUCCUCGUAUUACCUAGGUGGGAUCUGACAGCUAGUUCAAAGAGGCUCAUUGAUGUCUACAAAGUAGAAUUUGGGGCAAAAUGUUAAUGAAGGCCCCAUUUGGAACAACGUUUCGCUAUUCUGCCUAGCUGUAAUUCCAGACAUGAUUAAAAUUUGGCUAAUAUGGUCUUGAAUUAUAAGGAAUGAUUAUUCUAGGAAUAACAUUAGUUGAGACUGAAAGUAUGUGUGUUCACUUUAGCACAAGCACUGUCACUAGAAUCUCAUCUAGCAAUACUCUAUAUUCCUUUAAAAUUCCCCUAUGCUUUAUUGGAUUUAUUUUAUGUGCUCUCUUUCAACUUAAUCCAGUUCUAACCUCUGUCUGUGUGUGUGUGUGCACGUGCGUGAGAGAAAGGGAGGAGAAGAGAGGGGGAGAGAUACAGACAGACAGACUGUAAACACAGUUGAUAUUACUCUUCCAUGGGAAAAUUUCUGGUUGUACUCUUAAAUACAACUCUAGCAAAUUGAUUCUAUUUAAGUUGAUUAUUCUUCCAUGAAAUUGACAUCUGUAAGAGUUACUUAAAGAUGAGUACUGUGGGCCCACUUAUUUGUGACUUUCUUGAGAUUCAGAAUUAUGUAAAGGUUUAAAACUGUUUUAACCUUUAUAGCAGAGAUGGGUUGCUGCAGGUUCGGCCUGGUUCAGCUGAACUGGUAGUGGAAUUCAGACCUGGGACGCAGAACC